AUGCGUACUUCCCGCGCUUCCAAGGAGACUGCAAGCCUUCUACAGGCUCUUUCGCCUCCUGCGCGGCGCCAAACGCGUAGCUUGGCCAGCUCAAAUGUUCUUCAACGCUUUGCUUUUAACGGUGGCGCCAAUGGCCCGGUUGAAGCUUCUUCCACGUUGACCAGUUCGCAAUUUCAGGAUAGCGACGGGGAAGAAACCUCGUCUCUCUCCUCGGUUAAUACCGUCGACAUUGAAGAUAUUGUGGAACCUCCAUCGAAAAGGAGAAGAGGCAAUGUAGCAAGGACUCCCAUCAAGACCAUUGAAAAGCACGACGUCGUCAAGACGGAGCCUCCAGCAAAGAAGACAGGUCGCGCACCAGCGCGAAAAAUCAAAAAUGAGGAUGGAUUGAUUGAAAUUGAACCGCCCUCCAAUUGGGAAACCAUGUAUACCAUGGUCAAGAAGAUGCGAGAGGAUAACCCGACAGCUCCAGUUGAUACCAUGGGUUGCGCCAACCUUCAUUGGCGAGCUUCAUCUCCUCGGGACAGACGGUUCCAAACCCUCAUUGCAUUGAUGCUGUCCUCCCAGACCAAGGACACUGUAACGGCCGUGGCGAUGCAGCGUUUGCACACAGAGCUUGGAGACAGUAAUGUACAUCAAGAUCUCAUCAUCAAGAAGGAGGAGCUAGAAGAUGAGGAUUCCAAGAUACCAGAGAGAGACAGUACUCUGAACCUUGAGAACAUCCUAGCAGUCUCUCCUGCCAAGCUCAACGAGCUUAUCAGGACGGUCGGCUUCCACAACAACAAAACCAAGUAUAUCAAGGCAACGGCAGAGAUUAUUCGCGACCAGUAUAAAUCAGACAUACCCUCCUCUGCCACAGAGCUGAUGAAGCUACCUGGUGUAGGUCCGAAGAUGGCGUUCCUCUGCAUGAGUGCUGCAUGGGGGAAGGACGAAGGGAUCGGGGUCGACGUGCAUGUUCAUCGCAUCACCAAUCUCUGGGGCUGGCACAAGACAAAGACGCCCGAGGAAACUCGAAUGGCAUUGGAAUCCUGGCUUCCCAGGGAAAAAUGGCAUGAGAUCAACAAGCUACUCGUUGGCCUGGGACAGACUGUCUGCUUACCUGUUGGUCGAAGGUGUGGUGAAUGCGAUCUUGCUGGGACCAAGCUAUGCAAAAGUGAAGUUCGAGGGCUCCUUUCCAGGAAGAAUGCGAGUAUAAAGACCAAAGAUGAAACAGUCAAAGAGGAGUUCUCUCCUCCUGGUGGUGUAAAGAUCAAGAUGGAGGAGGUGUAA